AUGGUGUUCCAAUGGCAUCUCUUAGUCUUCUCUCUCCUCUCCUUGUUCUUCUUCAUUGUCUUCCUUCUCAAAUGGUUUUUCAAUACUCCAAAAACCCAAGAAAACCUACCUCCUUCCCCACCUAAGCUUCCAAUUAUUGGAAACCUUCGCCAGAUUGGGUUAUUACCUCACCGCUCGCUCCGAGCAUUAGGUCAACGUUAUGGCCUACUCAUGCUGCUUCACCUCGGCGGUGUACCAGUGCUCAUAGUCUCCUCAGCGAAUUCGGCCCACGAAAUCAAGAAAUCCCAUGACCUGAUAUUCUCAAACAGACCCAAAUCAAGCAUUGCCAAUAGACUUCUCUAUGACUCUAAGGACAUAGCAUUUGCUUCUUAUGGAGUGUAUUGGAGACAGGUGAAAAGCAUAUCUGUGCUCCAACUUUUAAGUAACAGGAGGGUUCAGUCAUUCAAAAACGUCAGAGAAGAAGAAACAGCACUUAUGAUUCAGAAAAUUAGGCAGAACUGUUCUUCUUCUUCUGCUUCAGUAGUGAAUUUGAGUGAGAUAUUAUUUUCACUUACAAAUGAUGUGGUUUGUAGGGUGGCGUUGGGAAGAAAGUACAGUGGAGGGGGAGAGGUUAUGGAAUUGUUGGGGGGUUUUGUGCAAUUAUUGGGUGUUUUUAAUGUUGGGGAUUGUAUCCCAUGGCUUGGGUGGGUGACUCGUGUAAAUGGUUUGGAUGCUAAAAUAAUCUCUUUCAGGAAAAGCCACUUUUCGGGCCUACAAAAUAUAAUAACAUGUUUUAUAUCUGACAGAGAUGCUUGUGAAAAUUAA